CCUGCCUUAACCCAUAAGUAGAUUGCCACAUUCAACAUUAAACCACAAAUAAUGCUUCGGAUUCUCUUCUUCUUUUCUCUCCUUUUCAUUUUCUCCAACAAUGCAGCUGCCAUGGACUUCUGUGUGGCAAACCUGAAGCGGCCAGCAGGUCCGGCAGGCUAUCCUUGCAUAACACCCACCAAAGUCAGAGCAAAUGACUUUGUGUUCCACGGCCUUGGCGUUGCAGGAAACACCACAAACAUCAUCAAAGCUGCUGUGACUCCCUCAUUCGUUGCUCAGUUUCCAGGCCUUAAUGGGCUCGGUUUAUCCAUUGCUCGGCUGGACCUGGCGCCAGGUGGAGUUAUCCCAAUGCACACUCACCCGGCUGCAUCUGAAAUUCUUUAUGUGUUGAGUGGGAAAAUCACAGCGGGAUUCAUUUCAUCAGCUAAUUCUGUCUAUGUGGAGACACUUUUUAAGGGAGAUGUCAUGGUUUUCCCACAAGGGUUGCUGCAUUUUCAAACGAAUGCCGGUGGGAAACCAGCCAGUGCUGUUGUUAGCUUUAACAGCCCAGACCCAGGACUUCAAAUUCUUGACUUUGCAUUGUUUGCUAACAACUUGACUUCUUCUUUCGUAGAGAAGACAACUUUCCUUGACGAUGCUACAGUGAAGAAGCUUAAGGGUAUACUUGGUGGUACUGGCUAAGCUAGCCAAGAAAUUAUCAAUCGUUAGUUUCUUUGUAUCACGUUAUUUCUCGCCUUCAUGUACUUCUUUGAGCUAUGUACCAUAUACACAACCUGACCAGUUAAUCCUGGCAUGAACAAAAUUGGAAAAAACUCUAUAUAUAUAAUCCUAUAAAUAAAUAAUUAACAAUCGUUCUCUUC